AUGGGGAGCGGUGUUCAGGAGUCUAUUGGGAUCAACCUGGUCUUGAAGGAUUUGGGAAUGGAAGUUGACCAUAUCACUGUGUUCGAGGACAAUCAAGUAGCUCAGCAUCUGGCUGAAAGCAAGGCUGUCACGCAGCGCUCACGCCACAUCGACACCAAGUAUCACUGUAUCCGGCAGAACGUGAAGGAGGGCGACGUGCACAUCAGCUACUACCCUAACUCAGAAAAGAUCGCUGAUCAUUUUACCAAGGCGCUUGGGGUCAUCAAGUUCAACCUUUUUCGUGACGAACUCGGAGUUCGCCAAGUGGGAGUGUUGGAUCAGAGCGGAGCGUCGAACCCGAGUGAGUAA